CCAAGCGCAACGCAAAAACAUCACAGUUGCAUUUGCCACGCCACAGUCUUUUAGUCAAGAUGAUGACGUUCGUGGGCUUAACGCUACUGCUCCUGACCGUCUUCCCAUGUGCCUACCGAGUUCACGCCGAGUGUUUGCUACAUAUUCAUGGUAACUUGCCAGUAAUCAUGAAAUCGGACAAUGCCAAUCGCGUUAUGUACGCACAAGAGUCGGGCACGGUCAGGUUGAAUGAAACGGACGAAGUGGAAGUGCAUUGCUUAACCGGCAUUUAUAUUCAAACAAAAUUAAACAGUGUCGCACAGACCGCUACGGAUGGCAGUAAGCAGUUCAAGUGUUAUAAAGGCUAUCGCCUCUAUUACCGUAAUAUGAACUCAAGCAUUUAUAAAGAUACCAAUGUGAAUGCGGUGUACAUCAGCUGUCAGUCUCCGUGGACGCCGUCACUGUACGAAAGUGGCACGAAAUUGCCGAAAUGUAACGAGUACAUGAAUUACGCGAUAGGCAUUGCUGUGCCGAAUGUGCAGGACAUCAUCUCAGCAACUAUGUGUUACGACCUCGAUGCAUUGGCACUGAAAUACGUCAAUUAUGUCGCGUAUCGUCCUAAAUACGACGAGGUCAUUCAAUUAAACAAUUCGGCUUUGAGUAAGAAUCAAUUGAUUGGUGAUUUUAAAACCAAAUUAGGCAAUCUCAACACAUACUUCUCUUUCAUGAGCCCAACAGAGUUCAACCAACAAUUCUCGCAUCUGAAGCGUACGAUACCACUACUGGAGACUUAUGACUACGAUUACGUCAGCUUGUUGCAGGGCACCCCGCUUCAGGAGGAACUCGCCGAAUUCACACACAUCUUCAAUACAAUGUGGUGGCGCAAUUUACGCAUCGGCAAUUGGCGCUUUUAUUUGGAUGCGCUGGCCGCACGUAGCAAACACAUCUCGUACCGGGUGUACAUGGGUACAACGGGUCUAAUACGUAUACCCGAUACAUCCAGUAACAAUAUAACCGCCGAAAGUGAUCAUUUGUCGGUCGAAGUCGGCAGUUUGGUUGUACUGCCGCCCGUAUAUGUUUGGUCGUACUUAAAAUCGCUAAACGACAAUGUGAAUGAAGAGUUCGUGGUCAUCGCCUACAAUUCACCAUAUUAUAAUUUGAAAAGCUCAGCGAUAUUUUGCCAUGAUAUUUGCGAUAAAAUUGAUUGGCUGCGAAUGAGUAAAUUCGGUCACACGAGGUUAAUGCCGACCUUUGGCAUCAUAUUUUGCUGUCGUCCAGAAGAGGUCGCCCACACGUUCGUGAAAUUUCCAUUGGUUUAAAAUUUUAUUAUUUAUUAAUAAGUUAUUUUACUGAUAAACAAGUAUUACAUACAUAUGUGUAA